GGAGUUUCUUCUUUGGUAAUAGUUCACUUGUUUAAAUUAGUCAUUUAUGCAACUAAAGUUUCAACUACUUUAUUCAGCAGUCGUUGUCAACUUCUACUUGUCUAAGAAGUAUCGUCUUCUAUUUAAAUGUCUCUCAAAGCCAUCUCUUUCGCACAAACAACAACUUUUCUUCUUCUUUUCUCUCUCUCCUCUCUCCACUCUCUCUCUCUCUCACUGCAAAGAUGAUAGAUUCUACCUUGGAGUUCGUCAACAAAACCACUUCUAAUUCUUUAUUCAUGUUCCUCUUCUGUAACUUGAUCAUCAUCUUAAUCCUCUUGGGAAAUUCUAAACCCGGUUCGGAAGAUAAAUCAAAUUCCGGUUCGAAGGAACCCAUGUUCAUACCUGAAUCGGUUCUCUCUUCCAAAUCCAUGUUGUUAUAUGAGUCGACGACUCUCAAUUCAAAGCCCGGUUUAAAGAAACCCGUGUCGAUACCUGAAUCAGUUCUUUCUUCCAAACCCGUGUUAGUAUCAGAAUCGGUUCUCUCUUCUAAACCCGGUUUUGAGAAAUCCGAGCUGAUCUCUGAGUCUACUCUCCCGCUAAAUACCGGUUUACAAGAACCGGGAGUGAUAUCUAAGUCGGUUCUUCUCUCCUCCAAACCUGCCGGUUCUGAUCAAUCGUUGACUUCCAAAUCCGGUUUGAAUUUAAUAUCUUCUGGGUUGAAAACCGGUUCAGACUGUUCAGAGAAGGACAAAAGAGGGAGAAUGAGGAAGAAACAGAGCUUGGAAGUAGAGAAUGAGAGCUUGGAAGUGGAGUGUGUGCUUCGAAGACGAGUUGAAGAAUUUAUUCGUAAAGUUAAUACUCAAUGGAAAUCAGAGAACACCAACAGAGAUUAUCUCUUAUACUAAUCAGAGUUUUGUUUUGUAAUUACCAAAUGCUCUAUAAAAAACCUAUGAAUGGGAAGCAACAAGUCAAAAAAUUAGAGUGACUAAGUGAAUUCAUAACUGUAAUUCUCUUCUUUUAAAAAAACUCAAACUAGCUAAAUUCUGUAUCCAAACCACAUCAUACUCCUGAUAUUUCAAAAUUUAAAAUUUAUGUGUAUUUUUUUGUAA